UCCUCCCGCUCGGGCUCUUAUCGGCGGUCCCAGCCCCUGCUUGAGAGCCUCCGGGUGUCACGGGCCCCUGAGGACACUAAAGCUCUCGAACCCCGAUGUGGACCCCGGUGCGGCGCGGGGCAGUCUGGCUGGGAACCCUGCUCGGCCCCGGAGAGGGGCCCCCCGAGCCGAGGGGAGGAGCAGCGCAUGCCCACAAGCCCCCCGCGGGAAGUAGGAAAUCGACCGGCCAGGCGGUGCGCUUCGGAUCCAGCCAGGGCAUGUGCUCGGAUGCCCGCCUGGCUCGCAGGUUGCGGGAUGCGCUGCGGGAGGAGGAGCCGUGGGCGGUAGAGGAGCUGCUGCGCUGCGGCGCGGACCCUAAUUUGGUGCUGGAGGACGGCGCAGCGGCUGUGCACUUGGCGGCCGGAGCCCGGCACCCACGCGGCCUGCGUUGCCUCGGGGCCCUACUGCGCCAAGGCGGGGACCCCAACGCUCGAUCUGUCGAGGCACUGACGCCGCUGCAUGUGGCCGCCGCCUGGGGCUGCCGCCGCGGCCUGGAGCUGCUGCUGAGCCAAGGAGCGGACCCGGCGCUGCGCGACCAGGACGGACUCCGGCCGCUGGACCUGGCCCUGCAGCAGGGACACCUGGAGUGCGUGCAAGUCCUGCAGGAUCUCGACACGCGGACCGGGACCCGGACCCAGAUCGGGGCAGAGACCCAGGAGCCCGAGCCUGCACCUGGCACUGCAGGCCUCUCUGGACCUCCCGAUAAGACGCUGGACUCCAUAGCACUCCAAAAGCAGCCAUGCAGAGGUGACAACAGGGACAUUGGCUUGGAGGCUGACCCAGGACCCCCCAGCCUCCCUGUUCCCCUUGAAAUUGUGGACAAAGAUGGGAGCUCGGCGCCCCCUCCAGGGCACUGGGAUUACAGCUCAGACGCUUCUUUCGUCACAGCGGUUGAGGUCUCUGGAGCUGAGGACCCAGCCUGGGACACUCCCCCCUGGGCUGGGUCAUUGCCACCGACCAGGCAGGGACUUCUGCAUGUUGUCCAUGCCAACCAGAGGGUACCUAGGUCUCAGGGCACGGAGGCAGAACUGAAUGCCCGUCUGCAGGCCCUGACUCUGACCCCACCAAAUGCUGCUGGCUUCCAGUCCUCUCCUUCCUCCAUGCCUCUCCUGGACAGGAGUCCAGCUCAUAGCCCCCCACAGACACCACCCCCUGGAGCUUCUGACUGCCACUGCCUGUGGGAGCACCAGACAUCCAUUGAUAGUGACAUGGCCAAGCUCUGGCUGACAGAGGAUGAGGCAAGCUCUACAGGUGGCAGAGACCCUGACGGCCCUUGCCGGCACCUGCCAGUCUCCACUGUGUCUGACUUGGAGUUGCUGAAGGGACUCCGAGUGCUUGGCCCAGAGUUUUCAGGGCACAGCCUAGAACUGGCUGCAGCCCUGCGGACGGGCCGUAUUCCAGACGUCCAGGCAGAUGAAGACGCGCUGGCCCAGCAGUUUGAGCGGCCAGAUCCUGCCAGGAGGUGGCGGGAGGGGGUCGUGAAGUCUAGCUUCACGUAUCUGCUGCUGGACCCCAGGGAGACUCAGGACCUGCCAGCCCGAGCCUUCUCCCUGACCCCGGCUGAGCGCCUUCAGACUUUCGUCCGUGCCAUCUUCUACGUGGGCAAAGGGAUGAGGGCCCGGCCAUAUGUCCACCUCUGGGAGGCCCUUGGUCACCAAGGGCGGUCAAGAAAACAGCCCCGCCUGGCCUGCCCCAAGGUGCGUCAGAUCUUGGACAUCUGGGCCAGUGGUUGCGGCGUUGUGUCCCUACAUUGCUUCCAGCACGUGGUCGCUGUGGAGGCUUAUACGCGGGAGGCAUGUAUUGUGGAAGCCCUAGGGAUCCAGACGCUCACCAACCAGAAACAAGGGCACUGCUAUGGAGUGGUGGCAGGCUGGCCACCUGCUCGUCGCCGGCGCUUGGGGGUGCACCUGCUGCACCGUGCCCUCCUUGUCUUCCUGGCUGAAGGCGAGCGACAGCUUCGUCCCCAGGACAUCCAGGCCCGGGGCUGAGUGCUGGGGAGUUGGCCAUCCAGCCUGGGGAGAAAUGUUUGAAUGUUCCAGCUGCCCCGUGCUGAUAGCAGCCCCCAUCUCUGGUUUCAGAAGGGUGUGUGUGUGUGUGUGUGUGUGUGUGUGUGUGUGUGUGUGUGUGUGUGUGUGUGUGUGUGUGUGUGUGUGUGUGUGUGUGUGUGUGUGUGUGUGUGUGUGUGUGUGUGUGUAGGGAGCACCCGGGCAGAUCUCCCCCAGGCUGAGGGAGGACUUUGUUACAGAUGGUACUGCUGGAGAGGUAGUAAGUAGUGAGCUCCCCAUCGUGGGAGGAGGACAAGAAGGGAAGCAGAAGGUGCUUUGGAACAGUCCGGUGCUUCUGUAAGAGGCGUUUGAACCUGGGCAACUCCACCUUGAGUAGGAGCUGGGUAAAACGAGGCUGAAACCUACUGCGCUGCAUUCCCAGAUGGUUAAAGCAUUCUAAGUCACAGGAUCAGGUAGGAGGUCAGCACAAGAUACGGGUCAUAAAGACCUUGCUGAUAAAACAGGUUGCAGUAAAGAAGCCGGCCAAAAUCUACCAAUACCAAGAUGGCGACAAGAGUGACCUCUGGUCAUCCUCAUUGCUACACUCCCAUCAGCGCCAUGACAGUUUACAAAUGCCAUGGCUGGCCAGGUGCGGUGGCUCACGCCUGUAAUCCUAGCACUUUGGGAGGACAAGGCGGGCAGAUCACCUGAGGUCAGGAGUUCAAGACCAGCGUGGCCAACGUGGCGAAACCCCAUCUCUAGUAAAAAUACCAAAAUUAGCUGGGCAUGGUGGCGCGUGCCUGUAAUCCCAGCUACUGGGGGGGCUGAGGCAGGAGGAUCGCUUGAACCCAGGAGGUGGAGGUUGCAGUGAGCUGAGAUUGUACCACUGCACUCCAGCCUGGGCAACAGAGCGAGAGUCUGUCUCAAACAAACAAACAAAAAAAACAAAUGCCACGUCAACAUCAGGAUGUUAACCUUUAGACCCCAUAUGGUCUAAAAAGGGGAGGCAUGAGUAAUCCACCUCUUGUUUAGCAUAUCAUCAAGAAAUAACCAUAAAAAUGGGCAACCAGCAGCCCUGCCCUGUCUAAGGAGUAGCCAUUCUUUUAUUCCUUUAGUUUCUUAAUAAAUUUGCUUUCACUCUACUCUAUGAACUCGC